AACAAUAGACUAGUAAUCUGUGGUUUACAAAAGGAAAGGGCGAAAAGGACCUUUAUUUUAAUUUUUAAGUAAAUUAGUAUUAUUUUUUAUUAUUGAAAGUUAUACAAAAAUACGGUAAUCUUAAUAACUGUUGUGAAAUUAACAUCGAAAUGGCACCAUCUAUACACACCUACUGUAAAGUUUUGCUGUUCUUGAUAGUUCUUUUCAGCGUUAUCAAUUAUGUUGUGAUAGGCAGUAAUACUAAUCCUAAGAAACUGCAAAUUGGAGUGAAGAAGCGGCCGGCAGAAUGUCCUAUCAAAAGCAAAAAGGGAGAUCUUCUGCAUAUGCACUAUACGGGUACUUUACAAGAUGGCACAGAGUUUGACAGCUCUAUCCCUAGGGGAAACCCGUUAACAUUCACCCUUGGUUCCGGACAAGUCAUCAAAGGAUGGGACCAGGGUUUGAUUGGUAUGUGUGAGGGAGAACAGAGGAAACUAGUGAUUCCACCGGAGUUGGCGUACGGGGAAGCUGGUGCACCUCCCAAGAUUCCAAAGUCAGCAACACUUACAUUCCAUGUAGACUUAGUGAAGAUUGAAAGAAAAGAUGAGUUGUAAUAAGAAAUAAAUGCCUUGGUUUCUUCUACCGUA